AGCCCGGGAGGACCAGGCAGCCGGCAGCCGGCAGCAGCCAGAGGAAGCAGGAGCUAGCCACGUCGGGACUGCGCAGCUUCUCGUCGGGACCCGCCCAGGAAAAAUCACAACAUGAGAGUCGCCGUGAUUUGCUUUUGCCUCAUAGGCAUUGCCUAUGCCCUUCCGGUUAAGCAGCCUGAUUCUGGUAGCUCUGAGGAGAGGCAGCUUUACAACAAAUACCCAGAUGCUGUGGCCACAUGGCUAAAACCUGACCCAUCUCUGAAGCAGAAUCUCCUAGCACCUCAGCAUGCCGUGUCCUCUGAAGAAACUGACGACCUUAAACAGGAGACUCUCCCAAGCACAUCCAAUGAAAGCCAUGACCACAUGGACGAUGUGGACGAUGAAGAUGAUGGCAACCACGUGGACAGUCAGGACUCCGAUGACUCCGACGACACCGACCAUCCUGACGACUCUCACCACUCUGACGAGUCUCACCACUCUGAUGAAUCUGAUGAACUGGUCACUGAUUUUCCCACUGACGGCCCAGUAACCCCAGUGUUUACUCCGGCUGCCCCCACAAUGGACGCAUAUGAUGGCCGAGGUGAUAGUGUGGUUUACAGAGUGAGGUCAAAGCCUAAGACGUUCCGCAUGUCCGACGUCCAGUACCCUGAUGCUACGGAGGAGGACCUCGCCUCACACCUGGAAAGCAAGGAGUUGGAUGACGAACACAAGACCAUCCCCAUCGCCCGGGCCCUGCACGUGCCUUCUGAUUGGGACAGCCAUGGGAAGGGCAGUCAGGAAACAAGCCAGCUGGAUGACCACAGUGUGGAAACCCACAGCGGCGAACAGGCCAAGCGCUAUAAGCAGAAGGCCAGCGUGGAGAGCAACGAGCACUCGGACGUGAUCGAGAGUCAGGAAAGUGCCAAAGUCAGCCAUGAGUUCCACAGCCGUGAAUUUCUUAGUCAUGAAGACAAGCUAGUCCUAAACUCUAAGAGUCAGGAAGAGGAUAAACACCUGAAAUUUCGUGUUUCUCAUGAGUUAGAUAGUGCGUCUUCUGAGGUCAAUUAAGAAGAGGAAAAAAACAUGUAAGUUUUUACUUUGCUUUUAGUAAGAAGAAAAAGAUCCAGUAUAGCUGGGUGAGAGAGAAUAUCAAGUAUAUCUCUCAGCUUAGUGGAUGAAUGUAUAUGGAUGCUGAUCAGUAGAUUUAGUUUGUGGUUUUGUGGUCACACCCUUGUAAACUAAAAGCUUAGAGUGUUGUCUGUGUUCUUUCCGUAGGUAGAAUGCAAAAGAUCAUUGCGUUUUUGUUUGUUCGUUCUUUUAUGAAUAGAAAUGUAUGUAGAAACAAAAUACUUUUACACACUUAAAAGAGAGAGUAUAACAUUUUGUGUCACUAUAAUCUUUUGUUUUUUUUUAAUCAGUAUAUAUUUUGUUGUGAUUA